GAGAGGUUUGCUCAUCCUGUGUUGCGGAAGGGAGUCUUGGACAGAUAGAGAAUCAACAGUAAUAAAUAGUUCACACUUUGCCUGUUUACGCUCAACAUGGACCAAAAAGACACCGAAAUGAAUGAGAAGGGAGUUACUUCUUCGACCAGUGGAGUUGUGGUCCAAGUAAGAGAGAAGAAAGGACCUUUGCGUGCAGCUAUUCCAUACAUGCCAUUCCCAGUAGCUGUGUUAUGCCUAUUUCUCAACACUUUUGUACCUGGUUUAGGUACGUUCGUGUCUGCCUUCACGGUGCUGUGCGGAGCGCGGACAGACCUGCCUGACCGCCACAUGUGCUGUGUGUUCUGGCUGAACAUCGCAGCAGCCUUCAUCCAGAUCCUCACAGCCAUCGUCAUGGUGGGCUGGAUCAUGAGUAUUUUCUGGGGCAUGGACAUGGUCAUCCUGGCAAUUUCUGAUGGCUAUAGGGAUCAGAGGGUUCCCCAGCAGGUUUAAGGCUGGCCCAGCCCAGCUCAACGUGAAGCCUUGAUGUACAGUUGUCUCCUAACACAACAUCCCCCUUGGGGGAGAGCCAAGGCAGGAUGAUAUUCACAGGCUUAACCCCACCCUACCUACUGUACCGUAUGCUGCUGCAGCUCCACUUCACAGCUCAGUGGUAGAAUGAGGAGCACGUCAACAUUGAUGGCGAGGUGUUUUCUACAUGUGCCCAAAGUGUUCUGUGAAGAAAAUAACAGAAUGAAUUAUGAAUAUGUGCCAACUGUAUGUACAGUACUAUACUGUGUGCUAAGGACUAUCCAUCCUGUCUGGGGCACUAAUUCAGUGUUCAGAGGUUUUUAUGAAAAAAAUGAAAUGUGCAGUUUAUUCCUCUGUGUAUAUUAUCAGCUGUUCAACCACACUCUUAUUAUGACUAGUAGACUUCAGUAGACUGAAGAUGGUACCAGUGCCUGUCAAGCCCGCCAGGAUUGUAUAGUAUGUGAUGUUAUUAAAGGUCCAAUGCAGCCGU